ACCGGAAGUACGUAGCGUUUCCCCGGGAAAGCUCGGUUUCUACGGGAGGCAGAAAGUUCACUGAAGUCGCUGAAGUCUCGAUAAUCAAUGGAGAAAAUAACUGAGAAACUUCUACUGGAGAAAGGCUCUCCAAAAACAAACAAACUGGAGCAAAUCAAGACACUGAAUUUAUCUAAGCUGGGGCUGAAGCUUCAGGACUUGCCAGUCCGGCUGCUGUCCUGUCUUCAGUCCCUCGAGCGGUGGGAUCUGUCCGGGAACCGACUGCAGGAGAUGCCCAGGAACCUGAGGCUGCCUUCGCUUCGCUACCUGGACCUCAGCGACAACCAGAUGGAGGAUGUUACAACUCUUGAGUCUCUGAGCAGUCUGGAAGAACUUAAGAUGGAGGACAACCUUUAUAUCACUGUGAGUGAUAAUAACAAGCUGAUGGUGUUGUUGCCCAACCUGAGGAUUUACAAUGGUAAAGAUGUCAGUACUACUGCCAACCACUUGCGCUACGUCUACAGUGAGAACCUGAGGACCAGGAUGAUUGCAGUUUGGGAGAAGAGCUUCCAUCUCCCGGAUCCCAUCACAGCAGAGAAACUGUCCACCUUGGAGACAGUCUUUGUCAACACUGCCUGUCAGCAGGUUAAAUUUGGACCCAGUUCAGUCUCUGACUUCACCAAAUGGAAGGUGGCGAUUUUGGCUAAGGAGUACCUGCGCUCCCUGAUAGAACCAAAGAAAGAACCAGAGAGCAAUGAGUCUACUUAUACAAAAGAGAACUGUGAAAUCUCGACUCCUACCAAGAGGAAAAAAACUGAAAUGGACACCAAAAUAACCUUGACGCCUCGCAAAAAGUUCUGCGCAGAUCUCCCAGUCUCAUCAGUUGAAGACAGUCCUCGCAAAUCUAGCCUCCGCCUCAAACCUAAGACUCUACCCCUGACCAACACCGUCAGGAUGAGCCCCCGCAAGACAAGUCAGCCUCCCUCAACCCCCACCAAAGAACAGACGAGGGCAGAGACACCCAGGAGAGCUUCUAAAAUGCCACAAACCAAAGAGGAUGGAGCUCAGAUUAAACAGAAGGAAGGUAUCAACAAAAAAGCCAAAAAGCUGCAGAGAGAUACUGACAUGCUGCCUACAGUGAAGAGCUGCAGCAAGACACAGCCAUUGUGCCUGAAGCCUCUCCAUGUACUCCAGUGCCACAGUAAACAGGACAACUCGGAGGAUUUCUCUACGCAGCUGUGGGCCUGUGCUUUCCAGCCGCUGCCAGAUUCCACUGGUGGUAGUGGAGGAAGCCGUUUGGUUGCAACCUGUGGUGGAGACUCUCUCUGUGUGAUUGACUGUGAAACGGGGAUGGUGAUGAAGAAGUACAAAGUUCCCGGGGAGGAGUUCUUCUCCCUGGCCUGGUCCACAGUGUUGAUGUCCAGGGGAGGCGGGGCCUCGGCUCAACAUUGCAGCAUUCUGGCAGCCGGUGGAAAGAGAGGCCUGGUCAAGCUGAUCCACCCCAGGAACAACGUGGCCUAUGGGGAGUUCAGAGCCAGCCGCAAGUCGCUGUCUGUCCUCCGCUUCAACCACCACCAGGGAAACUUUCUCUUCACCGGAUCAUACGAUAACAAGAUAGUAAUGUGGGACAUCGGUGGAGUGGACAGCCAGUACAACUUCAAAGUUGUUCAGCUACUGCUGUUGGAAAUCGGUGCCACCCCUCUGCACAUCUGCCUCCCUCCCACUUCCCCCAGCGCUCACCUACUGACUGCCUGCGAGGACGGCCUGCACUGCUUCAACACACAACUCGGUACCAACAACACCACAAAAAGUAGGUCCAAGGAGAUGGAGAUAAGUUUUCCCAUAUAUCAGAAGGAAGACAAAGACCAUGACUACCACACCAUUGACGGCCUGAGUUUCCUUACUGACGACAUAGUGGCCUCCAAGAACUACAUGCAUGGUUCCAUUUACUUGUGGAGCUGGAGCAGGACCAAGGCUCAGCGGCCUGACAAGAAGAGCGGGGCGGUGUGUGCCGUGGUUCUUGCUGAGCUGCAGUGGGCCAACACUGAGAUUCCCUACCUGGCUCUCAACACCUGUCCUGGCAAAGCCUACAUAGUGUGUGGUGACGACAAAGGCAGGCUAUGGACAUACCACGUCAACAACAUCCAGAACAACAGUUUCCAGACUGGGAAACCCAUAAGGCCCACUGAGGUGUUGGAAUGGCCGACGCCGGUGAGGAAGGGCCUCAGCCAAGUAGAGGGCCCCUCCAUCAACAGCGUAGCAAUGGACCCUGAGCUACACUACCUGGUGGCCCUCAGUGACAAGAAUAUGGUGAUAGUGUGGAAAAGAGAGGAGUCCUCCUGAGCAGCACAGGCACGAGACUGUAAAGUAACUCAUGAAAGGAAGUCAAACAGAUCCCUAGGGUUUUUCUACUGGAAGAAAAAAAAACAGUAGAGUGGACCAAAUGUUCAUAUUUGUGAGGCAGUACAGCAAAUGCAGUACGGAAAAUGUGAUGUAGCAUUGCGUAAACACCCAUACAGGAUGUUUUCUGAUAACACCAUCAUGCCACUAGCUGACAAAGACAGGCGGACAGACAGAUCCUCUCUGGAAUCUUGUUCUAUGCUCAUUUUCUUUGAUUUGUGCGGAGAAAGUGACUCUUAUGAUGACGCUGCAGCUACAUCUGUCAGAGCAAGCAACAGCCAGAUAGGUUGAAGGUACACUAUAACAAUAUACUUUAUUUUCUAUAUGAAUAUAUCUCGUGGAGUUCUGCGCAGGAUUGAAACUUUUAAAUUGCAGAAAUUCAUGCCGCAAAGUCAUCACUGACUUCCCUAGCAGCGUAAACUAGGGAAGAGAAAGUACUGAUUGUCGCUAUGUGACACACAAUUUUUUUUUUUUUUAAUGUAUUUUGAAAGUAUAUAAAAAAAUCUAAGAACAAAUCCAACAAGUCCAAUGAGAAAACAUGGUGUCAGUUUCAAAAAAUUAAAUGUAAUCAUUCAACAUAAUAACUUAACUCAAUUUACUGUAAAUUUGUCAUUAAAAACGAUGCAAAUACAGUAUAUGCAAAUGCAGCUGUAUUUGGCCUCAGGCAUUUUCAAUUUAGACCUUGUUUUAUAGACUCUUUAAUGUGUGCUUUUAUUUGAGUCCUUGGCUCAAGUACAUUUCAUGGUUCCAGUAUGAUUUAAGUUUUAGGCCUCAAUAUUAUAUUACCAUCUACUCAGCUGUAGUAAAAAGCUCCUAAACUCUGAUACUCUGUUACUCUGUUGUUCUUUCACUUAUGAAUAACGAGUACAAAGCCACACAUAAAUUUAUACCUGACUCUGUUGUUUCCUUCAGCUCUACACAAUGUUUUGGCCUUGUGCAGCUCACUGUUUUGGUUUUCCACUGUACGGUACCCGCAGAGGUGGGCAAAGUUAGCGACUAGCUGGUGAAUAUACUGGAGCAUUUAGCAGCUAAAUGCGCUUUUAAUCAGUGAAACUAAUUUUCAGGAACUCGUGGGUUGUUUUUUUUUUUUUUUGUGCAAUUUACACAUUGUUAGAUAUAUACUUUUUCUUUUAUUUCCAAAUGUACACGUUUUGGUUUUUUUUAAAUAACUGUGAUUGAACCUUGUCUACAGUUUAAAGGCCAUGUCUUGGACCUUGCUGUAUAAAUUUACUUUGUAAUGUUCUGAUAAGAUUAAGGAAUGCAAACACAGCAGUGUACUGUCUUUUCUGUAACGAUCAAAGAGGCAAAGUGGAGAUGCAGCCUGGCAACUGAUGCUGAGAGAAAAAAACAGUACAGCCUGUUCCUUCCUGCUUUCUGAUUAUAUCGAUCUGAACAGAAUACAUGGCAUUUAUGUCCCACAGUAAUUCUACUGUACCUAUGAUUCUGUGUACAACCCACCAUGUUUUCAUGUGAUGUGAAGUUGUAUGUGAACUAUAUUCAUUUAAUUAAAAAAAAAAUUUUUUUUUGACUUCCCGCUAAGGAAUCAAAGGACUGAAUUUUAAAAGGAACAGACCAAAGAUAUCAGUAGCCUAUUUUAUUUGAACUGUACCCUGUUGUGUAAUGAAAUCUGACUUUGUUUCUCAAUUUUACUAGAAUACAAGGUCCCCUGGCCACCGUCAAGCCGGGGACAUAAGUGUCUUAACCAUUAGUCUACCGGGAUGCCUUUGUUUGUUCUGAGAUUUAACAAA